GUCAUGGUGGGCAUGAGCAUAUUCCGCUCAGCGGCUGCUUUUACAGCCCGAUUAAACCCGCUGAAACGAACAUCUCAGUCUUCAAAUCUGCUUUCCAGGGCCGUUGCACGUUCAGAACAAGUGGUUGUCCGUCAUGGGAGCCAUGGUAAACGGAUGUUUAUGAUCCAGCCCUCAUCCUUCUAUGAUAAAAGGUUUCUUAAACUCCUGAAGUUUUAUGUCCUUCUCACUGGCAUCCCCAUGGCAGUGUUUGUGACGAGUGUUAAUGUUUUCAUUGGAGAUUGUGAGUUAGCAGAGACUCCUGAAGGCUAUGAACCAGAGCACUGGGAAUACUACAAGCAUCCAAUCACCCGCUGGAUUGCUCGUUAUGUUUAUGACAGCCCAGUAAAGGAUUACGAGAAAAUGUUGGCACUUAUCCAGAUGGAAACAGAGAAGGCUGAAAUGAGGAAAAUGCACAAUGAAGUUCGCCAACACAUGAGAGAAAAAGGAGAUGGACCCUGGUUCCAAAUUCCUACGAUUGAUAAGGAGCUCAUCGACAACAGCAUCAAGUCAACCCCUGAUAAUUAGGAGGGUUCAUGUAGACCUGUCCAAAAUAUUCAGGCAUUAUACAAUGUAUAAUGUUAUGUUAUUAUUAGAAAUGUCUUUUCCUUUUUCUUUGCCUCGGGCACUAAUAAACUAAUUAUUAUAA